GCGCGCACACCUGCACGCACACACGUGUGCAUGCACAGCGUGGCGGGGAGGCGUGCGUGCAGGCGCGCGUGCACAAGCGUACCCUCGUGGCUUUGCACGUGCAGCCCAAAAGUUGAGGUUGCACACGUGCACGUGCGUGCGGGGCGCUGUGCACGAGCACGGCAUGCACAUAGGUGUGUGGGUGCGUGCGUGUGCGUGCACACCGGGCGCUGGUGGCAGCGGGGGUCCCUCGCCCCCCCCCCGCUGCAGGCCCACGAGCGGCUGGAGGAGACGAAGCUGGAGGCGGUGCGGGACAACAACGUGGAGCUGGUGCAGGACAUCCUGCGUGACAUCGGGCACCUGGCGCGCCAGGACAGCGCCGCGGCCGAGCUGGCACGCAUCCUGCGCGAGCCACACUUCCAGUCCCUGCUGGAGACCCACGACUCAGUGGCCUCCAAGAGCUACGAGACCCCCCCGCCCAGCCCCGUGCUGGAUCCGACCUUCAACAACCAGCCCGUGCCCCCCGACGCCGUGCGCAUGGUGGGCAUCCGCAAGGUGGCCGGGGAGAACCUGGGGGUGACGUUCCGGGUGGAGCGGGGGGAGCUGGUGAUCGCCCGCAUCCUGCACGGGGGCAUGGUGGCCCAGCAGGGCCUGCUGCACGUGGGGGACGUCAUCCGGGAGGUGAACGGGCGCGAGGUGGGCAGCGACCCGCGGGCGCUGCAGGACAGCCUGCGCCACGCCAGCGGCAGCGUCGUGCUCAAGAUCCUGCCCAGCUACCAGGAGCCGCACCCGCCCCGGCAGGUCUUCGUGAAGUGCCACUUCGACUACGACCCGGCCUCCGACAGCCUCAUCCCCUGCAAGGAGGCCGGGCUCCGCUUCGCCGCCGGGGACCUGCUGCAGAUCGUCAACCAGGAUGACCCCAACUGGUGGCAGGCGUGCCACGUGGAGGGGGGCAGCGCGGGGCUCGUCCCCAGCCAGCUGCUGGAGGAGAAGCGCAAAGCCUUCGUGAAGCGGGACAUGGAGGUGCCCCCCACGUCCGGGGCCCUGUGCGGCAGCCUCAGCGGGAGGAGGAAGAAGAGGAUGAUGUACCUGACCACCAAGAACGCCGGUGAGCGACGCCACCGGUGA